UAUAACAUCAAGGACCUAGGCAUGCAGACUGCUUCUACAAACAUUUGUGAAAGAAUGGGUCGCUCUCAGGAGCUCAGUGAAUUCAAGCGUGAUACCGUGAAUAGGUUGCCACCUGUGCAAUAAGUCCGUCUGUGAAAUUUCUUUGCUACUAAAUAUUCCACGGUCAACUGUUAGUGGUAUUAUAACAAAGUGGAAGUAACUGGGAACAACAACAACGUAGCCACAAAGUGGUAGGCCACGUAAAAUGACAGAGUGGGGUCAUCACAUGCUGAAGCGCACAGUGCACAGAAGUCACCAACUGACUUCAAAGUCAUUAGCUAAAGAUCUCCCAACUUUGUGUGGCCUUCAGAUUAGUACAACAGUGCAUAGAGAGCUUCAUGGAAUGGAUUUCCAUGGCCGAGCAGCUGCAUCCAAGCAUUACAUUACCAAGUGCAAUGCAAAAGCAUCAGAUGCAGUGGCGUAAAGCACGCCGAUACUGGAGUGAUGAAUCACGCUUCUCUGUCUGAC